AUGAAUGAUGCUUCCAUCAAGCGCUUUCUGGCGCCUCCUAAAAUAUCCUUUUCUUAUCCACCUGACAUCCAUACCCCGCCAAAGCACAUACCAUUGAAGUCUCUCAAAGCCAGAUACCAUGUUAUAUCAAACUUGGGAAAUGGAAGCUUUGGGUCAGUGGUCCUUGCUAAAAGAGCUGAGCUGUAUCAGUAUAGUGCCGACAAAAUGAGUACUUUAAUGAACCCAAUUGCUGGUUGCACGGACUUAAGUACCCCAUUGGUUGCCAUUAAGACUAUGAAUAAAACAUUACCAAAACUAAAGGAUUAUACUAAAGUGAAAGAGGUCAAGUUUAUUUUGUCUAUUCCUUCUCAUGUGAACUUGGUGUUCAUCCAUGAAAUGUUUGUUGACAAUGUCGACUUCAAAUUGCAUAUAGUUAUGGAAACAAUGGACCAAAAUUUAUACCAAUUUAUGAGAUUCAGAAAGGGACAGUUAUUCAGUGAAAACUCCGUCAAGAGUAUUUUGGCACAAAUCCUUGCUGCUGUUGGUCAUAUUCAUAAGCAUGGUUACUUCCAUAGGGAUCUUAAGCCAGAAAAUAUCCUCAUCUCAUACAACAGCUCGAAAAAUGGCUAUUAUCCUCAGGUUCCAGGACAAUUUAGACCUCCGUCUUAUAUUGUGAAGUUGGCUGAUUACGGAUUGGCAAGAAACAUAGAUAACAAGAGACCUUACACCGCCUAUGUUUCUACUAGAUGGUAUAGAUCACCAGAAAUUUUGUUGCGUCAAAAACAUUACUCUAGGCCAAUCGAUAUAUGGGCAUUUGGAGCUGUUGCUGCUGAAGUGACAAGCUUCAGACCUUUGUUUCCUGGAAAUAAUGAACUAGACCAAACAUGCAAGAUCCUUGAAGUUUUGGGAUCUCCAUACAUGGUUGAUGAUAACAUUCCUCUUGGCGGUUUUUGGGCUGAUGCACAGGUAUUGGCCAACAAGUUGGGUUUCCAAUUGCCAUACUCUCCAGGUAUUAGAAUUGAGAAUAUAAUUCAGAGACCUGAAUUGGCUCAGUUACGUGAUGUUGUCAAAGCUUGCCUAACUUGGGAUCCUAACUUGAGAAUUGAUGUAGAAAGACUCUGCAGAAUGCCAUAUUUUUGUGGAACAAUUGUUAAUCCUUACAGUGAAUCUAUCAAUUCAAAGCCGUUUGCUAUUCAAAAUCCAUCUAUCGCCACUACGCAAGGAAUGAUGAUGAAAUCAGAGCUUCUUUCCGGCAUCAAACCUGUGAGUUCUGCAAAUAAUAAAAUUGUCAGGAGUCCAGGCUCUCUCGGUAAUUCUACUAAGCCAAAAAGCGGCCCAAAGCAAAAGAGUUUAUUGUUGAAAAAAUCUGCGCAUGAAAUUUCUCCAAUUUCCUAUAGAAGUGAUUACCUUUCCAAAGAGCGCAAAAUUCAGCAAUCAGCUGUUCCUCAGCCACAACACCAACAACACCAGCAGCAGCAGCAGCUGCUGCUGCAGCCAUUUGAAUAUUCGCCUGUUUUCCCUGUUGAGCAAUCUCUCCCAUCUUUACAAGUAUUUGCUCCUAGGAUAGCUUCUCCAAAUGCCAUUCACCAAUCCCCCGGGAAAAUUUCCUUAAUUUCAACUCCAUUAAUUAGAAAUAAUCAAAAAAAUUCUAGUAACUGCAAUAACAGUUUCUUAAAUGAUAGCUUCACUGGUGGUGGUUUCUCUCUUCAACAACAACAGGUGUAUCAACAAACUCCUAAUCAGCCAUUCCAGAGUCCGCAGACCAAUAGUCUAAGUCAUUGUAAUUCAGCUUCUGACCUGAUUAUGACCAAUAACUACCCAUCAAGGCAUAUACAUGAUGGUCAAGCAGUUGCUAGCCUCAGAAAUUCCUAUCAAAACUAUUCCAGUAGCAUUGAAAGUGAAGGUUUUGGUUUAGACAAUGAAGUUGAAUUAGGUAAAAAGCAAAGCUUUUACUAUGAUAAUUAUUAUAUUCCAAACUACUCCGUUCCAAUGGGUGAUUGUGGAAAAUCUAAUCCUCACUCGUUUCAUGAAACCAAUGACAUGGAUAAAUUGAAUCAAAAUAUUAACACCAAUAAUGAGAAUUUCCAAAUAUGA